CAACGGCACUGGCGAUGGAAAGGCACCAGUCGGCGGCACUUGUGUUGGAAAGGCACCCGUCGGUAGCACUUACGAUGGAAAGGCACCAGUCAACAGCACUGGUGAUGGAAAGGCACCAGUCAGCGGCACUGGCGAUGGAAAGGCACCAGUCAGCGGCACUGGUAAUGGAAAGGCACCUGUGGGUGGCAGGAGUGACGCAAAAAAACCAGUAAAUAAGGAGACUCAAGAGAUGCAAAAGAGAACCCGAAGUGAUCUGGAUAAGGCCUGUAGUAUUGCAGAUACCAUUAAAAAAGAUUGUGCUAGCAUGGAUAUAUCCUCCCUUGAUCCAGAUGCUGUUAUCAACAUUACUACUCAUGUUUCUGAAUCUGUUUCACAUUUGGAGAAAACUGUUGAUAACAUUGUGCAACAGUUUGCUCUUGGCAGGUCAAUGGAUGGGCUAGAUCCUAGUACUCUUAAUCAAGUGGUUGACACUGGCCGUUUCUUGCACAAAGUGCUUGGAGUAGUAAGACAAGUGUGGAAACAAAGACACGUAACAGGAAAACUCGAAACAACAGUAGGAUAUCUCCAAAAGAAACUUGAUGGUGUCCUGCAAACUGUGGUGGAAUCGCUUGGUGAGAAUGGGAAAAACUUGGAAGAAAAAUGUUUGAAAGAUGGUAUAAAGUUAAAAACUCUCAAAAUAGCUGACGAUUAUGAUGUGAAGUUCUGCAAAAAGGAGGAUUUGAACCCAUUUCAUACCAGGACGGAUAAACAUAGGGAUAUGCAGGUAGUUUUUAAGGAGUUUGAUAUCAUUGGCACACUUUCCGUGGAGGGGGUACCACAUACAAAGCGAGAAAUACCAGAUAAUCUUGCCUUUGUUAGUGAAUGGCCUGAUGCUUCUCCCUUCACCAGUAAUAAACCGGAUAGUCAUGGAUUGAAGCUUGAGACGGACAGAGACCAUUUAGCUGAAAUUCGGAAAAUCAAGGAAUUACCCCAAGAAAGGAAACAUGAUGGCUCAGAUGAUCAUGAAGAUGCUAUCAUUAUUCCAUCAAAAUAUAUCGACAUUGCUGUUGGGGAUAGUAAAGAUGUAAAAUCAGCUACGGGUAGAAAAGUUAAAAUAACACUCACAGAGCAACAAAAAAAGCAAAUGAGGCAGUUGUGUAAACAAAAGUUGUUAAGUCUUGGAUUAGUUGAUGAAGUUGGUAAUACAGCAGAGUACAAAAAUCCCGAGGAUCUGCCAUUUGUAAAACAAGAAAAACUCAAAUAUUUACUUCUGGCUCGCAUCCUAAAAGAACACCAGUCUCAUGCUGUUAAUAUCUUAACACAAUUCAAUGAUACAACAGGCAAGCAUGCAGCUAAUUUGCUGGACCGACAAAAUUUUAAAUUUGUGUUCCUGGUUGAUAACUCGGGCAGUAUGAAUGGCGAAAAAAUGACUCUAGCAUUGAACAUUCUGAUAGUGUUUCUAGAAGCAAUGAAACGUUUGGAGUAUCAAACAUGUGUGGUACGCUUCGGAGGAGAGGAGAGCCAAAGAGUAUUGAAGACAUUCGAACAAGACUUAGACAACCAAAUUGGUCAGUAUAUCAUUGAGGCCUUUGAUGCCUCAGAAAAAACUCUUGCUGCAGAUGCAAUGAAAUUUGUAGCAAGAGAAAUAUUCAAUACUGAUAUCAAUCCAAAUGAGCACAGAUUUGUUGUCUUGAUAACCGAUGGAAUAUGGUCUCAGCAAAGUAAAGAUGCCUACGGCACAUACCAGAAUGAUGCAAAAGCUAGGAUGAUUGUUUUGACAACCAACCCUCAUAUAAACGAAGACUUGGAGUUCUACAAAUUGAGCGUAAAUCGAGCAAAGGACAUCCUUGAUAACAUUGCACCUGGUGCGUGGGAAAGUAUUGAUCCUCAAAAUGACCUUGUUGAUCAAAUUAUAAAAAUAGCCCAUCGGCUGAACAAGAAUAUCUGCGAUGACUUGUCUGCGGUGAUCGCUGAAAGUAAAAAGGCUGCAAGCAAGCAGUUUACAUUCUCUCCUUUGAAAUGGGCAGAACCACUGACUGGUCUGCAAGGUAAUGAGGCCGGACUGAAAUACAAAUCAAAUGCGGACAUAGAAUGGGGCAAGUCUAUCUAUGCUAGCGACCUCUACCGGGACUUGGGAGCAGAUGAUAUGGAUGAAGACCUGAUAACUGAUUUCACAAAACUGUUCGAAGAAGUAUCCCAUGAACUUGAUGCAUACGAGGUUGACAUAGCCGAAAAUGCAGUCAUCACCAAGUGCUCGAUGAAAAUUAAUACAGAAGAGGAAUCAUUUCAGACCCUGAUUACAGACUUAGACACUGUCCUUGAUACACUUGUACUACCAAAUAACCGGCCCACACGACCGCUCCAAGAUUACCAUGGCCCGACAUUCUCCUUGAAGGGUUUCAUCAGAUUCAUAUGCACGGAUGGGCAGUAUAAGAAGAUCUACGAGAACAUGAUUGGACACCCACGGAAAGACUACCAGGUCUCUGUCAUACUGGAUACAUCUGCGUCUAUGGCUGGAAUGACUGCCAUUGGAGCCAUCCAAGGAUUCCUCGGUUUAGCUGCUGCAUUGCAUGCAUGCAGUGUCCGUUUCAACUUGCUGACUGCGGGAGCAGAGACACUCAUUAUCAAAGGUUUCCAGCAGGAAUGGGAUGCCGUGGCCAAGGCAAGAGCCUACAAUGCCAUCACAUUCAAAGACCGCAGCUCUAACAUAUCCGAUGCUGUCCUCUAUGCCACUCAAUUGAUCAUCAGCGACAGUGCUGCCAAAGCCAAAAAAUAUAUCUUCGUUCUUACGGAUGGCUUUGAUUCUACACCAGGGCGCUUGAAGACAAGUCUGGCUUAUGCGGAGAGCAAUGAUAUCAUGGUUACUGGCAUCGGCAUUGGUUAUUUUACUGGUGGUGUGUUCUCAAACUUCCCAAACUACGUUGUUGUGAAUAACCCAAAACUUCUUCCUGAUGGCUUACGAAAGCUCUUCAUGGCAGAGGGACGGAAUGAGGUGCCCCCUGAUCAGUUCAUAGAGAAAGAGAAGACGGUGAAAACAAGUGAAGGGAAGUCGAUGACAAACAUAGACCAGAUAUGGAAUGAAGAAAUGGGGAAGGUUUUCAGUGAACAAGUCGAAAGAUCAAAGAAUGCGCUAUAUUUGGCCACAAAUCCCAUUCGUACUUCCUGUAACUCUUUUGGCAUUGAUCUUUGUUUUGUUUUGGAUACCACUGGCUCAAUGGGUAGCUAUAUUGAAAUGGCCAAGAAAUACAUUACCGAAAUGACUCAGAAAGUUCGUGAAUCUGUUCGGAAAUAUAGUGGCAAGUUAACAGAUUUGCGUGUCGCCUUUAUUGGUUACAAAGAUUUUGGGGAUGCAGGACACACGCAAGAACAACCCUUCACUGAACACAUUGACUCUGUCACUGCAUUAGUCUCAAAAAUGUCUCCAUCAGGUGGUGGCGAUACUCCUGAGGACAAAAUACGGGCUCUGAAAUCUGCUCUGAAUUAUUCCUGGGAACACAGAGCCAAGUUUUUGGUGCUAAUCGCAGAUGCCCCCGGUCAUGGUACCUGGUGCACUGGAGGGAAGUUCGGUGAUUCACAUCCUGACAAGGGAGGUGAUAUGCCAGGAACAGUCGAGAACAUUGCUCAAAAGGAAAUCCACCUGAUGUAUGUCCAAAUUACGAACAUGACUGACUACGAGUUCCAUAAUUUCCGUUCUACCUACACUACUGCAGCACCACCCAGCAUGAAAAAUGGAUUUAUUCCUUUGGAUAUUCGCUCAGGAGGUGGCGCUGAUAUAUUACAGUCCAAGAUCACUGACGAAAUUGAUGGCGUGAUUGACAACGAGUUCAUGUAG